AUCAAGUCGAGUCCGUCGCUGCUCCGACCCUCACCCUUCCCCCUCCGCACGAUUCUGCCUGCUGCUCCUACACCUCCUAGGAUCCCGUCGGAUCCCCCUGGUAUUUCAUCCUCAGCAAGCAGCUCCCCGAUGUGGUAGCCCUCGUGUGUCUCGUUUGCAGCUCCUCCAGGUAAGUCCCCCCAGCAAUUUCCCUUUCUUAGAAGUCCUCUCUUUUCCCAGCGUUGUUUUCUCUUGAGCCACGUCAAUGGCGUCUCCAGCCCCUCCAUCCACUCCCAGAGUUGCAUCGGCGCCCGCACCGACCCCCGAUGGAUCCCAGACGCCUGGAAAGUGGCGCCAUCCGCAUCUGAAUGAGGUGGUCCGUCGACAGAAUGCUGGCACAUUCGGCGAUCGCAAUGUCAAGAGACUGGUGUGGAACAUCGUGGCUCUGUUUGCGACCUGGGCGUUUGGAAAUACCUUCAAGUCAUAUUCGCUUUGGCUUCAGAAUAUCAGCCAGCUUCCUACAUAUCCUGAUAUGUCGCUGCUUGUUCUGCGUCUCAUCUUUGCCGUCAACGUCCUUGUUGCAUUGUACCCGCUUUUUGGACCGAAGGACACUUUCGCCGAUAUCCCUCUGACCCCCACACAACGCUCGCUGCUUGGGCUCGAUCCCUCCUCCAGCCACUCGUUCACCCCGGGCACGACAUACGUCACCCCGCCGAGGUAUCGACUUUCUGCGUCCCGUACGGCGAGCCCCGCGAGCAAAUCCGGCUCUCCGUUUUCCGCGAGUGCCGGCGCUUCGGGUCGCAGGCUGUCAUCGGGCGCCUCCUUUUCGCCGUCGCCCAGCCCGCUAUUACAGAAGCUAGUGAGCGCGGGGAGAGAAACCGGACAGAGACCGAGCUUUGGGUCGUCCUCGCUUGGUCGCAGCUCUUCUUUCUCGCCAUUCAAGGAUUCGACUUCCACCUUCAAGGAUUCGACUUCAUCGUUCAGGGACUCAACUUCUUCGUUCAGAGAUUCCACCUCCUCGUUCAGGGAUUCGACUUCCUCUUUCAGAGAUUCAACCUCCACUUUCCGGGAGACCACCAUGUCCACCCUAUCCACCAUGUCCAGCGUUGCGCCCGCGACUCCCUCGCCGGUCGGAGGCAAGCGCGUGAGCCUGGGCUUGAGUAACAAGUGGUUGUACGAGAGGAGCCGGCGUCUAUCCGCCAGCAACGGUAGUCUCUGAGACCGGACGGGGCAGAGCGGAGACGAUUGAUGUAAACUUGUGA